GUGACGUUGACUGCUGACGGCGGCCCCGGCCAGGAGAGCUGCCCGCUCUUUUUUUCUCUCCCUCCUUCCCCCCUCUCAGCCAUCGAGCUCGGCCCCUCCCUUUCUGCUUCUCGCACUCGCUCUCUACCUUCCCCCCUCCCUUCGAAUCAGCCAUCGCGAACAGGCCUAACGGACGGCGGAGCCCCGGUCUUCCCCCCCGAACAGGCGGGAAAGCCACACAGCGUUCUCAGUAAAAAAGAAAACAUGCUUACUGUUGCCUACAAAGAAAACCAUUGAGUCCACUUCCAUACACUUAAUUUCCAAAUGAAAGAUCAGCUAAUGCUUGUUCAGAGUCAUGGAAGAGGAUGUAGCCGAGCUUGCACUGCAGACCACAGAGCCACAUGCUUUCUUUCAUGCUUCAGGAACACCACAUCUUAAUGGAAAUGAAAUCAUUGUGGAGAUCCAAGAGACUGUCUUUGUUUCAGAUGGAGAAGGAGGCAUGACUGUUCAAGGCUUUGCAGAAGAUGGUGACUCUGUGGUGAUUCAGGAUGUAAUUGAAGAUGUAGUUAUAGAAGAUGUGCAAUGCUCAGAUCUUUUGGAGGGUGCUCGAGUGUCAGAAACUGUAAUAAUACCAGAGCAAGUCUUAGAGGAUGAUAUUGACCCUGAAACUGAGGAACAGGAACUGGAAGAGGAUGUCCUCUCUAACUGUGAUGUACCAGACAGUGUUUUGGACUCUGACUUAGUUGAAAGUGACCUGACUGUCCCAGACACUGAAAGUAUUGAUCAGUCUGAGCAUGUGGUUGGCGAGGAAAUUGCAGAUGAUGGUCUCGGUGAUGACAUGAUUUCCGAAGAGGUCUUAGUAGCUGAUUGUGCGUCAGAGGCUGUGAUUGAUGCCAAUGGGAUUCAAGUACAAGGACCAGAUGGGGAAGAAGUAAAUUGUGACGACUACCUCAUGAUUUCAUUGGAUGAUGCAGAGAAAAUUGAUGAAGAGUGUGCCGAAGAAAUUGCGAUGGCAGGCGAGGUAGAGGGUGACCCCAGCAAGUUAGAUGGAUCGUGCCCAGAAGUUAUCAAAGUUUACAUAUUUAAGGCUGAUCCUGGUGAAGAAGACUUGGGUGGCACUGUGGAUAUUGUUGAAAGCGAGUCGGAGAAUGACCAUGGAGAGGGACUUUUGGACCCACACACUGGAGGUCGGCUUCCUCGGGAGAAAAUGGUUUAUAUGACUGUUAAUGACUCCCAGAAUGAAGACGAUUUGGACGUGGCAGAGAUUGCUGAUGAAGUGUAUAUGGAGGUUAUUGUUGGAGAAGAGGAUGCCUCAAUAACUCACGAUCAUCAACUUGACGAUGCUGAACUAAGCAAGACCUUUAUGCCGGUCGCCUGGGCAGCAGCUUAUGGUAAUAACAUGACUAACAGCGUAGAGGGAAUAGAACAUCGUAAUGGCACUGCUAGUGCUCUUUUACACAUAGAUGAGUCUGAUGGACUGGAGAGACUAAAGCAAAAACCAAAGAAGAAGAGAAGAGGAGAAAAUAGACAAUACCAAACAGCCAUAAUUAUUGGUCCCGAUGGACAUCCACUCACUGUUUACCCGUGUAUGAUCUGUGGGAAGAAGUUUAAGUCGCGAGGUUUCCUGAAGAGACACAUGAAGAACCACCCAGAGCACCUAGCCCGCAAGAAAUAUCGCUGUACUGACUGUGAUUACACCACAAAUAAGAAGGUCAGCCUACACAACCACCUGGAGAGUCACAAGCUGACCGCUGCUGUCAUUAAAACUGAGAAGGAGUUGGACUGCGAUGAAUGUGGCAAAGUAUUUCUGCACGCCAAUGCUUUGUUUGCUCACAAAUUGACACAUAAGGAAAAGGCGGGGAACAAAAUGCACAAGUGUAAAUUCUGCGAUUAUGAGACUGCUGAGCAGGGCUUACUGAACAGGCACCUCCUGGCUGUGCACAGCAAGAGCUUUCCACAUAUCUGUGUGGAGUGUGGAAAGGGUUUCCGUCAUCCAUCUGAGCUCAAGAAGCACAUGCGCACUCAUACUGGAGAGAAACCUUAUGUCUGUCAGUACUGUGACUACAAGUCGGCAGACUCCUCCAACUUGAAAACCCAUGUUAAGACGAAGCACAGCAAAGAGAUGCCAUUCAAGUGUGACAUUUGUCUGCAGACGUUUGUAGACUCUAAGGAGCUGCAGGCACAUGCCAUCUUGCACCAAGAGAGCAAAAGUCAUCAGUGCCUGCACUGUGACCACAAGAGCUCCAACUCUAGUGACCUAAAGAGGCACAUUAUCUCUGUGCACACCAAGGAUUAUCCUCACAAGUGCGAAGUUUGCGAGAAGGGCUUUCACCGGCCUUCUGAGCUCAAAAAGCACGAAGCUGCACAUCGGGGCAAAAAGAUGCACCAGUGCAGGCACUGCGAGUUUCAGAUUGCAGACCCCUUUGUUUUGAGUCGACACAUUCUUUCUGUGCACACUAAGGAGUUACCAUUUAGGUGCAAACGCUGCCGUAAGGGCUUUAGGCAGCAGGCUGAACUGAAAAAGCACAUGAAAACCCACAGUGGUAAGAAAGUUUACCAAUGUGAGUACUGCGAGUACAAUACUACGGACGCUUCUGGUUUUAAACGUCAUGUCAUCUCCAUCCACACCAAAGACUACCCCCAUCGCUGCGACUACUGCAAAAAAGGCUUCCGCCGGCCCUCUGAAAAGAACCAGCACACAUUGAAACAUCAUAAAGAGGCUGCUUUAGUGUGACCUUUUCAUAUACCUGUAUUUUCAGAGUAUUGCUUAUUGUGUACCCAUUCUUGUAAAAGUGUAGUGUGGGUUUUUUUUUUUUUUUUUUGUCAUUUUAGUAAGCCAUGUGCCUCUAAACUAUUUUUUAUAUUCCAGUUCUGCUCUGUUUAAUAAACUGACAAAGCUGCAACUGUGAGGAGCAGGUGGACAUGUAUGCCGAGUUCUUUCAUUCACUUCUGUAUGCGAUUUCAAAAAUCUUGAGCCACAACAUUCAUCUAGCUUGUAAAGGAACACGUUCUACCGAAGUUGCAUGAAGAAUUGGGACUUUUACAUGAACUUCUACUCCAUCGAAAAGUUUGAGUCCUAUUUGGCAGGCAAAAUGUCUUUUUAUUUAUCAGUGGGGUUGUUAAAGAAAGUGGAUGCAUGGGAAUUUUGUUAUUGCUGUGCGUCAGCUUUCUUAGGUGUCAAUAAAUUCAAGGUGUCCUAGGUAAGCUGUCACGUAUGUCACUGAGCAGCUUACAGAAGAUGCAGUACUACGGCAGUCCGUGUCCCAGCUAUGCUAUAUUUGAAAAUCUUGCAUAUUUUACAAUUAAGCUAAAAGAAAAGAGCUUAGGUGAGUCCUUCUAAUGUUGGGAGUUGAUUAAAGAUUACACCAAAAAACAUAAGCCGUUUUUUAAACAAAAGAAUGCCACUGGAAUUCUUAUUGGGCACACAGCUGGUCUCCACCCAAGUCCUUUUUAGUGCCAUGUCCUUCUUGCUAGUCUGCUGCUUUCUCUUACAUCCGUUUUUUUUAUUAAAUCAGUGUUGUGUGUGCAAUAUGUACAUUUAUGCUCAUUUAUCUAACUAAAGGGAAGUAUAUUGAGAAAGUGUUACCAGUGUUUCCAAGAGCGAUUUUAAUGAAGCAACGUUUCGGUAUAUAUUGUCCAAGCAAUGGCUCCUGAUCUUUAUGACUUUAAAAUAUUUCGAUGUAAGAGAGACCUAUACAAAGGGGGACCGUUUUAUUAGGAAAAUAGACAUUUUACACAUUUUUUGUUUUUUUGUGUGAAAUAUUGGCAUUUUUUUUUAAAUACUAAAAUUAUUUUAUGAAACUAAUCAGUACUGUUCUAUAUUUGCUAACAGUGUGUAUUGGUUAAACAUAAGUAUAAUUCCUUUCAAAAUUGGCUUGGCGCUAAUCCUGUGUAUCCCUUACUAUUUUAAACAUCUGGCACAUGAAACAUUUUGAGUUUGUUUACAGUUUUUGAAUUUAAACAUUUUAAUUUAGUUAGUAACUUAUUAGGGAAGAAAAGAAACAGGAUGAACAAAUCUGCACUUUUACAUUAACCAUGGAGUCUUGUUUUGCUGCAUUAGCUUCCACUGCAUUUUUGGUGAGAAUUUUAACUGGCGUGUAUUCCUCAAAUACAGCAUUGGCAAUAUUGGUAAUGCCCACUAUAGGGCACUGUUGCAUCUGUAUUUUAAAUGUGCUCACUUUUAUUUCUGUCAUUGUCUUUCAUUAUGUGGGAAUCUCCUAAAAGGCACUUUUAUUCUAUGAUCUCCUAAACUAUCAUGAGCCAGUGAUGUGUCUGUUGUCCUAUGUACUUCACUAAAGGUGGAUCAUAUUUUUUAUUGCGGAAUUCCAGUUUGUGUAUAAUUCAACACUAAAACAGAUUGGCUACAAUUUUUCUGAAUUUGAUCUAUACAUAAGAGAGCAAAUGGAUUCCUUUGCCAAUGCCAUAUACUGAUGAUAGCAUUAAAAAUCACUUACUUUGGAUAAUCUUUCUAAAAAAUGCAAAUUACUAAAACAAACAUAUUUGCUAUGAGACCAGCAAUGUGCAAGGUUUGUAACUAGAUGACACGUGCAGUUCCCUUAACGUAUUAUUUCAGUGCUGUUUUUAAAUCAAAUUAGACACUUUUUUUUUCUCUUUUUUUUUCUUUUUUUAUAUAUAUAUAUUUUUAUUUUUUUGUUGUAAGAAUGAGACUGUAUAAAUGUAUAUAUUUAAUGCACAUAGAUAUUCAAUUGGCUUUUGUAAAGUACACUUCUGUAUAAAGAUUGUAGUUAAUGUUCAUGUAUGUUACCAUGUUUCCAUGGUUUUAAUUCCUGCAGAAAAAUGUUGGUAAGUGCUCCAGAAUUUGAAUGUUUUGGCUGAAUGUUUAAGAGGUACAUUUUUUUUUUUGUUUGUUUUGUACAAGGACAUAAUGUAAAUUAUUCAUUAGACAUUGCUUGUAAAAUAUUGUAUUGACUUAUUCUCUGUACAAUUUUGUAUAAAAAGUAAAGUGAAAUCAAUAUAGGGAUGUGAGAUGACCUUGUAAUUGUGUACUUGAAAAUGUGCAAAAAUAAAGAUCAGAAUAUUUUCCUGUUA